GAGCAGUGACGUGGGGUAGCGGCUUGUCUGGUGACGUGUCUCUACGGCUCGCUCUUUUCUCACGGAGCGGCUGAUGGAGCCACACUGAAAUUGCACAGCACUCAAACGGAUACCAGUAACACGGCAGGAGUCGGACUAAGGACACCAUGGGAAUCAAAUUUUUGGAGGUCAUCAAGCCGUUCUGUGCAGUCCUGCCAGAAAUUCAGAAACCAGAAAGAAAGAUUCAGUUUAGAGAAAAAGUGCUAUGGACCGCCAUCACAUUAUUCAUCUUUUUGGUGUGCUGCCAGAUCCCACUCUUUGGCAUCAUGUCAUCAGAUUCAGCAGAUCCCUUCUACUGGAUGAGAGUAAUCCUGGCCUCCAACCGAGGUACUCUGAUGGAGCUGGGUAUCUCACCCAUUGUCACCUCAGGCCUCAUUAUGCAGCUGCUGGCUGGUGCCAAGAUCAUUGAGGUGGGAGACACUCCUAAGGACAGAGCCCUCUUCAACGGAGCUCAGAAAUUGUUUGGAAUGAUCAUCACCAUUGGACAGGCUAUUGUGUAUGUCAUGACUGGCAUGUAUGGAGAUCCUUCAGAGAUGGGUGCUGGGAUAUGCUUGCUCAUCAUCAUCCAGCUCUUUGUUGCAGGUCUGAUUGUCUUACUACUGGACGAGCUGCUGCAGAAGGGUUAUGGCCUGGGGUCUGGUAUUUCUCUCUUCAUUGCAACCAAUAUCUGUGAGACCAUCGUCUGGAAGGCCUUCAGCCCCACGACUGUCAACACUGGCAGAGGUACGGAGUUUGAGGGAGCCAUCAUCGCUCUUUUCCAUCUGCUGGCCACCCGUACAGACAAAGUGCGUGCUCUAAGAGAAGCCUUCUACAGGCAGAACCUGCCCAACCUCAUGAACCUCAUCGCCACUGUCUUUGUGUUUGCAGUGGUCAUAUACUUCCAGGGCUUCAGGGUUGACCUGCCCAUCAAGUCAGCACGCUACCGUGGCCAAUACAACACCUACCCCAUUAAAUUGUUCUACACCUCCAACAUCCCCAUCAUCCUCCAGUCUGCCCUGGUCUCCAAUCUGUAUGUGAUUUCUCAGAUGCUCUCAACACGUUUCAGUGGCAACUUCCUGGUCAACCUCCUGGGAACCUGGUCUGACACUUCGAGUGGAGGACCAGCUCGUGCCUACCCAGUGGGCGGUCUGUGCUACUACCUUUCUCCACCUGAAUCAUUUGGUUCGGUUCUAGACGACCCCGUUCACGCCGUCAUCUACAUUGUGUUCAUGCUCGGCUCCUGUGCCUUCUUCUCCAAGACCUGGAUCGAGGUCUCAGGAUCCUCUGCCAAAGAUGUGGCGAAGCAGCUCAAGGAGCAGCAGAUGGUAAUGAGAGGACACAGAGAGACCUCCAUGGUGCACGAACUUAACAGGUACAUCCCCACAGCUGCUGCAUUUGGUGGGCUCUGUAUAGGAGGGCUCUCAGUCAUGGCAGACUUCCUGGGUGCCAUCGGCUCAGGUACAGGAAUCCUGCUGGCUGUGACCAUCAUCUACCAGUACUUCGAGAUCUUCGUGAAGGAGCAGAGUGAAGUUGGCAGCAUGUCAGCGCUGCUCUUCUAGAAAACACUAAUUUUUUUUUUUUUGCGACAGACACAAAAGAAUCCACCCCUAUCAAUGUUUUUUUUUUUUUUUAUGUUGCAAUAUGUACAAUCAGUCUGUUUUGCAGCUGGAAGGCGUCAAUUUUAUGCCAUCGUCUUUGCGCUCCACCACACUGCUCCUGCAUUUCAAUGCUGAGAAAACUUUUGGCUACGUCCAGGGUUGAGCAUGGUAUUGUGUGUCUUUAUUUCCUUUUUUUUUUUUUUUGUCCCAGUAGCAGUUACCCAUCUCUCUGCAGGCUGCCUGAAUCCCCACUGACUGUCUUAUCAGCUAAAGAAGACCUUAAAAAAAAGUUUGAGGUGCUGUCUUUGAAUGACCUCAGGCAUUGAUCAUUGCAGCAUGUUCAAGGAACACUAACACAGCAUGUUGAUGCUUAUUUCAAGCUGAAAGCACUGUGCCUGGAUAUAUCAGGGGGAACUGAAAGAAAGCCAUCUUGUUCAUCACCUAGCAAUCAUUUUGAGGUUUCUAGGAGCCUAUAGUAGGAUGUGGAAAGUACAGAUAAGAUAUGUUUGUACUCCUGAUAAGGUUUAUGGUAAUCUCAUACAGUUUACCUUUGCUUUGAUUUUAAAUCUCAUAGACUAUGUUUAUAUUCACUCUGGUCUGAUGUAAGGCGCAGUGGUUGUCCUCUUGUCUCUGGGUCCUCAAAGGAAAGUGUUUGUCUGUGUUGUCAUGCUCUUUUUAUUCCCAGACUGAAUCGCUGCACAAAACUGCCGAGAUGGUCGGGAUGAGGGUGGGUUUGAUAGGGAUGGAAAAAGGGGUCUCAUUUUUGUUUUUACUUUAUGUAACAGACAUAAUUGUGUUAUUAAAAAACAGGAUUUGUUUUCCAAUACACUUGGAAAUUGUUUUGA